AUGGAGCAUCUCGAAUCCGCCCUGCGCCCGGUGCUACAGCCCAUCACCCAGAAUCUUCCUGGACCAAUCCGCGACAUUGGCAUCUCGUUGCUUGGAACCGAGUGCUACAAGACUCUGAUCCACGAUGUCCAACUCAGCAACGCUCCAUGCUUCAAGCUGGCCAUCUCCAAGGGUCUCGGUAUAGGCAUUAUCGGCGCAUCUGCUGUUGUCAAGAUUCCUCAGCUGCUCAAGCUCCUCAACUCGCAGUCGGCUGCUGGACUCAGCUUCCUGGCCUACGCUCUCGAGACCAGCUCGUACCUUAUCUCGCUCGCCUACAAUGCUCGUAUGGGCUUCCCCUUCAGCACCUAUGGUGAGACUGCUUUCAUUGCUGUCCAAAACAUUGCCAUUGCAGCCUUGAUUCUGCAGUACAGCGGCAAGGGUGCUGCUGCCGCUGCUUUCGUCGCCGGUCUGGCUGCUGCUGGAUACUCGCUCUUCAACCCCAGCAUCAUCGAUAUGAAGACCAUGGGUCUCCUCCAAGCUGGCGCUGGUGCCCUUGGUGUUGCCAGCAAGCUGCCCCAGAUCAUGACUGUCUGGCAACAGGGUGGCACCGGUCAACUGAGCGCUUUCGCCGUCUUUAACUACCUCUUCGGCUCCCUCUCGCGCAUCUUCACAACCCUCCAAGAAGUCGACGACAAACUCAUCCUCUACGGUUUCGUCUCUGGCUUCAUCCUCAACGCCGUUCUCGCUCUCCAGAUGAUCUACUACUGGAACAGCGCUCCCAGCAAGGCCAGCGCACCUUCGCACAAGUUGAACGAGUCGGGAAGAAAAGAGGCUAUUGCUAUGACCACCAGUGCUGAACCCAAGGGCAAGAGCCCUAGCACUCGCAGAAGAGGUUAG